AUGUCCCAGCGGCACUCGGACAGCUCCUUGGACGAGAAGCUCCUGGAAUACCGCUUCCACUCAGAGCUGCGGCUUGAUGCAAAUGGCAGCCCAGCAUCUGGGCUCCCCAUGGUCCGGGGCUCCCUGCAGGUCAGGGAUGGGACCAUUUCCCAGCCUGAGACCCCAGCACCCCCAGAAGACGUGGAGGCACGGCCCAUCGUCUUGAGCACACAGAGCCCUGCCGCCCUCAAGAUGGGCACACAGCAGCUGAUACCCCGGGGCCUGGCCGUAUACAGCAGGGCGAAGGCACCAGCCCGCCACCAGAGCUUCGGGGCAGCCACGCUCAGCAAGGAGGCCGCCCGGCGGAGCCCGGGGCUCUUCUCGGUCCCCAGCUUCUCCUUGGACGACAUGGACGUAGACACGGGCUCAGGGGGCACCCUGAGGCGGAACCUACGGAACCAAUCCUACCGGGCGGCCAUGAAAGGCCCGGGAACACCGGGCAGGGAGGGGGGCCCCACCCAGCUCAGCCCUCGGCUCCAGGCGCUGGCCGAGGAGCCCAGCCAGCCGCCCUCUCGAUCCCAGAUGAAACACAAGAAGACGAUAGGGCGGAAACGUGCACACAAGGGCUCCUUCAAGGAUGACCCCCAGCUUUACCAGGAGAUCCGGGAGCGGGGCCUGAACACCAGCCACGAGUCGGAUGAUGACGUGCUUGAGGACAACACCAGUCUCAAUGGCCCCCAGAAGGUGGACACCAUUGUGGUCAAGAGCUACCGGCCUGCACAGGUCACCUGGAGCCAACUGCCCGAGGUGGUGGAGUCGGGCAUCCUGGACAUGCUGCCUGCAGAGGAGCGCAAGAGGCAGGAGGCCAUCUUUGAGAUCCUGACCUCGGAGUUCUCCUACCAGCACAGCCUGGGCGUCCUGGUGGCCGAAUUCCUGCAUUCCAAGGAGCUGCGGGCCACGGUGACCCAGACCGAGCACCACCAUCUCUUCUCUAACAUCUUGGACGUCCUGGGGGCCAGCCAGAAGUUUUUCGAGGACCUGGAGCAGCGGCACAAGGAGCAGGUGUGCGUGGACGACAUCAGUGACAUCCUGGAGGAGCACGCUGAGCGACACUUCCAGCCCUACGUGGUCUACUGCUCCAACGAGGUCUACCAGCAGCGCACCCUGCAGAGGCUGAUAAGCAGCAACGCCGCCUUCCAUGAGGCCCUGCAGGAGAUCGAGCGGCAGCCUGCAUGCGGGGGCCUGCCCAUGAUCUCCUUCCUCAUCCUUCCCAUGCAGAGGGUGACCCGGCUGCCCCUCCUGAUGGACACACUCUGCCUGAAGUCGCAGGGCCACCCAGAGAGGUACAAGGCUGCCAGCCGCGCCAUGAAGGCCAUCAGUAAGUUGGUGAAGCAAUGCAACGAGGGUGCACGCACGAUGGAGCGCACAGAGCAGAUGUACACGCUGAACAAGCAGCUCGACUUUGGCAAGAUCAAGUCCCUCGCGCUCAUCUCCGCCUCCCGGUGGCUGCUGAAGCGUGGAGAGCUCUCCUUGGUGGAAGACGCCGGACUCUUCCGAAAGAUUGCCAGCCGGCUGACUUGUUACCUAUUCCUGUUCAACGAUGUUCUGGUGGUCACCAAGAAGAAGAGCGAGGACAGCUAUGCAGUCCAGGACUAUGCCCAGAUAGAACACAUCGAGGUCCAGAAGAUCGAGCCCUCGGACUUCCCUCUGCCGGGCAGCAGCAACCGCACCUCCUCUGUGCCGUACUCCUUCUUGGUGACCAUGCUGCGCAACAGCGAGGGCCGCCAGGAGCAGAUCCUGCUUUCCACCGACUCUGCGAGUGACCGGGCACGGUGGAUCACAGCACUGAGACACAGAGAGAGACAGUGGCAAGGUCAUGCCAACAAAGGAGACCUGCUGCAGGUGGAGGUCACCAAGGCCUACUUUGCCAAGCAGGCGGACGAGGUGUCACUGCAGCAGGCGGACGUGGUCUUGGUCCUGGAGCAGGAGGACGGCUGGCUGUACGGCGAGCGGCUGCGGGACGGGGAGACAGGCUGGUUCCCCGAAGCCUUUGCCCGCUCCAUCACCAGCCGCGUGGCCGUGGAGGACAAUGUGCGUAGAAUGGAGCGGCUGCGCAUGGAGACAGAUGUGUAG